AUGGAUGAGAACAGAAAAUAUGGAAAGAAAGAAGAGCAGAGCAACCCCCAGAUUCGAGGGGAGGUAGAGUAUAAUAUCCCUCCAUACGGAAUUAAUGAGAAUAUUCCGGAGGGAUUUUCGUAUCCGCAUUGGAUACCUCAGAACAUGAACUACACAUUUGAUCAGCAAUAUAACUAUUACAGCCAUUCCAUGCCCCAGUUUCACAAUAAUGGAAUGAUGCCACAAGGGUUUGUGCAAGAGCAAGUGCAUCCGAUUAUGUUUGAAAAACCUCGGGGGAAGAGCCAUGGAAAGAAAAAGAUAAAACUUGAAUAUAUAUCUGGAAAGAACAAAAGGAGUGUUUGCUUUAGCAAAAGAAAGAGAGGCAUAAUGAAGAAAGCAUAUGAGCUGAAUGUGCUUACGGGGACGGAGAUUCUUCUGCUUGUUGCAAGUGAAAGUGGGCAUGUAUUUACUUUUGCAACAGAAAAGCUAAAGCCUAUUAUAACGGAGCACGAGGACAUUAUACAGAAUUGUUUGAAUAGACCUGAAGGAACGCCUUAUAAACCUAAUUUCUCUAAGGAAAGUGAGAGACAGAAUGCUGAAAACAAAGGAUAUGGAAGGACAGAGCCAUUGGACGAAUCUAGAGAGAAGCAUUGA